AAGUUCUGAGGGAUGCGUGCACGAAUUAAAAGGACAGCUACAACCAAGUGCCAAACCGUUCGUUCCUGUUCUCACAUAUGUGCUAAAUCCAAAAUCGAUUACGAUGGGUCAGCUGUACGGGGAAUACGAUCUUAAUACACGCGAAUGGACUGAUGGAAUUUUUUCGACGUUACUUAGAGCUGGAAUAGCUGCACCGGAUCAAAAUAAACGUUGGUUCAUAUUCGAUGGACCUGUCGAUGCACUGUGGAUCGAGAACAUGAAUACCGUGCUAGACGAUAAUAAAAAACUUUGUUUGACAUCUGGUGAAAUAAUGAAGAUCCUGCCUACAAUGACGAUGAUGUUCGAAGUUGCUGAUUUAAAAGUGGCUUCACCAGCUACUGUUUCAAGAUGCGGCAUGGUAUACAUGCAACCAGAAGAUUUGGGUCUCGAUCCUUUUAUUAAUUGUUGGAUAAAGCAAUUACCUAAAAACAUGAGUGCACAUAUCGAAAAAAUUAUCGAAUUGACGAAGCAACUUUUAUUUCCGGGAUUGAAGAUUUUACGUAGUCGUUUACGAGAAAUCGAGGAAACCGUUAAUUUUGGAAUGGUGCAAUCUUAUAUAAACUUGAUGAACUUUCGUAUUGGUCCCAUGGCUGGUCGAGAAGGGAAACUUCCACCAGCUGCCCCUUUCCAAGAACUAAUUCCCCACUUGCUCGCACCUUGGGCAUCUUUCGCGACAGUGUGGAGUCUUGGAGCGAGUUGCGAUUACGACAGUCGUUGUAUAUUCGACGAGUGGAUAAGGAAUGUGCAAAAAAGACAUAAGCACGAAUUACCAUUCCCUGAAGAAGGUUUAGUAUAUGAUUACAGACUGCACGACGGUGGUUUCACGGAUUUAAUUGAGGGCCAAGAACCAAUUUCACCAAAAUGGUACAAAUGGUUGGACGACAUUCCUCCGAUAAUCAUUACACUCGACAUGAAAUUCGUAGACAUGGAAAUACCAACAAUGAACAGCGUAAGAAACGCGGCCUUAAUAGGUUAUCUGUUGAUCAAUGAAUCGAAUCCUCUUUGCAUUGGGCCAACUGGAAGCGGGAAGACGUUGACAGUGAGCGCCAAACUUAUGAGGCACAUGCACAAAAAGUACAUCUGUGACUUUAUUACUUUCUCUGCCAGAACUACAGCAAAUCAGACCCAGGAUUUAGUUGACGAAAAAUUGAUCAGAAGGCGUAAAAACACGUAUGGGCCGCCGUUACUUCGAAAACAAGUAUUUUUCAUUGAUGAUUUGAACAUGCCUGCACUUGAUACGUUUGGAGCUCAGCCUCCACUUGAAUUGGUCAGACAAUUUAUGGAUUUUAAAGGAUGGUACGACCGAAAGGAAAUCGGUUUAUUCAGGUGGAUCGAAGACGUAAAUUUUAUCGCUGCGAUGGGACCGCCUGGUGGCGGUAGAAAUCCAGUAACUCCCAGAUUGUUGCGACAUUUCCAUUUCAUUGCAUUCCCGGAAAUGGAGGAAGACGAUAAGAGACACAUUUUCGGGACGAUUCUGAAAUGCUGGUUGUCCCUCACUCAUUUUGCACACAUGCUGGAUAUUUUUAUAACCACAACAUUGAAUUUGUAUACAAUCAUAUGCAAAGAAAUGUUGCCGACACCUCUCAAGUCCCAUUAUACUUUUAAUCUUCGCGAUCUGAGUAAAGUGUUUCAGGGAAUGCUUAUGGCGAAUCCACAAAAAGUAGAGCAUCUGAACAAGUUAUUAUUACUCUGGUAUCACGAAAAUGUACGGGUGUACAGCGAUCGAUUGAUAAACGACGAAGACCGAAAUUGGUUCGAUAAUCUCUUGCGAAAUAUGAUGAAAACAGAAUUUAAAUGUGAUCCUAACGAAAUUAUCGGUGAUCAUAUACUAUUUUUCGGUGAUUUCAUGGGAAUUGCCAAAGAAUAUGAAGAGAUAAUCAAUCAUAAAAAAAUGCAAGAAAUAUUAGAAGAAUUUCUCGAAGAUUACAAUGCUACCUCAGUAAGCCCUAUGAAACUGGUACUAUUUCAAGAUGCCAUAGAUCACAUAUGUAGAAUAAAUCGAAUUAUACGACAGCCUCGAGGAAAUGCUCUUCUCUUAGGAAUGGGAGGAUCAGGAAGACAAAGCUUGACAAGAUUAGCUGCGCAUAUACAAGAUUUCAAUUGCUUUCAAAUAGAAUUAAGUGGUAUCUAUACGGCUCAUGACUGGCACGAAGACAUAAAGAAAUCAAUGAUGUAUGCCGGGGUGCAGAAUCAACUUCUCGUUUUUCUAUUUUCUGAUACACAAAUAAAGGACGAUUCCAUGCUAGAAGAUCUGAAUAGUGUUCUAAAUAAUGGUGAUGUUCCCAAUAUCUACAAAGUGGAUGAAAUGGAAAAGAUUUAUCAUUCUAUGCGUGGAGCAGUACAAGAAGCAGGCUUAGCAAUUAAUAGAAGCAACCUUUUCUCCGCCUACGUGAGGACAGUCCGUAAUAAUUUACACGUCGUCAUUACUAUGAGUCCGAUCGGUGAAGUUUUUCGUGCUCGUAUCAGACAAUUUCCAGCAUUAGUAAAUUGUUCAACGAUCGAUUGGUUUUGUCCAUGGCCAGAAGCUGCUCUUCAAAGUGUUGCAAUGACAUUUCUCAUUGAUAUACAAGACGAGUCGAUUACUGAUGAUGUAUUGGAAUCUAUUGUAAAAAUGUGUCAAUAUAUGCAUUCGAGUGUGAUUGAAGCAAGUGAUCUCUACUUGAAGGAAUUGAAUCGUCAUACUUACGUUACGCCCACGUCGUACCUUGAAUUAUUAUCUAGUUACGGUAAUCUCUUAAAUAAAAAGAAAACGGAAUUGAUGUCAGCAGCAUAUCGUCUUACUACAGGUUUGGACAAAUUGGCACACGCGGAAGUAGAAGUAAAGAACAUGCAGCAAUUACUGACGGAAAUGAAGCCGAAAUUGGAAAGAGCAGCAGAGGCAACGGCUAGAAUGAUCAGAAGAAUCACUCUCGAUACUAUUGAGGCAGAAAAGACGAGAGCAGAGGCGCAGAUACAAGAAAAUCUAGCGACAAAAAUGAAAGCUGAGAAUCAAGCUAUUAGGGACGAAGCUGAAGCAGAUUUGAGUGAAGCGCGCCCUUUGUUGAUAGCCGCCGAGAAGAGCUUAAAGGCUUUGAAUAGGGGCGAUAUUACCGAGGUAAAGGCGAUGAAAAGGCCUCCCUCCGGUGUGAUCUUAGUUAUGGAAGCAGUUUGUAUUAUAAACAACGUGAAACCGCACAAGAUUGAAUACGUGUCAAAGGCGUGCCAUUCGUUUUGUCUAUGGGUACACGCGAUGUACAACUGGUACUUCGUGAAUAAAAAAGUGAAACCAAAGAUGGAAGCGUUGGCAAAGGCCGAGGAAAUACUUCUUGAGACCGAGAAGGCUCUGAGCGCCGCGAUCCAAAGGCUGAAAGAAGUGGAGGAAGGUAUCGCCUUGUUGCGAAAGCAGCUUGAGGAGGAGGAGGAAAGGAAAGCCGAACUUGAAAGGCAGAAGCAGCUUUGCGAGGACAGAAUGGGAAGAGCUGUCAGACUAAUAGUGGGUCUUGCCGGGGAGCAAGUACGUUGGGCCUCGACCGUGGUUGAACUUCGCGAAUCCGUGAAAAAUGCCGUUGGUGAUAUCCUGCUAGCCUCGGGUGCAAUAGCUUAUUUGACACCGUUCACGGAUAUAUACAGAGAAAGGCUUUUAGAUUCUUGGAAAAAAGUUCUCGGUGAAGGCGUGCCGCACACGCCAGGCAGCGACCCUGUAUCAACUCUGGGAGAUCAGGUGGAGAUAAGAAAAUGGCAAAUCGAGGGGUUACCUAGAGAUAUGUUAUCCGUGGAAAAUGCCGUCCUGGCAAUGCAUUCGAAACGUUGGCCACUUUUCAUAGACCCUCAAGCACAAGCGAACAAAUGGAUACGUGCUUUGUACAAAGAGGAAGGUAUAUCCAUUGCAAGAAUGACAGAUAAAGAGUUGCUUCGUGUGGUCGAGUCAUGCGUUCGAUUCGGAAGAGCUUGUCUUAUUGAGAAUAUUGGUCUCGAGCUGGAAGCUGGUUUGGAUUCAAUUUUCUUAAGAUCAUUAUUCGAACACGGUGGUCAAUGGUGUGUUAAAGUUGGGGAGAACAUUGUUCCUUAUAAUACAGAAUUCCGUCUUUUCCUCACAACGAGACUCGCAAAUCCUCAUUACACACCAGAAGUAUGCGUGAAGAUAUUAUUGGUUAACUUUGCGCUCACCGAAACCGGUCUCGAGGAUCAGAUGUUGUCUUUGGUCGCGAUUCAAGAACGACCUGAUCUUGAGCAAGCGAGAAACGUUUUGAUUCUGGCCAAUGCUGAGAUGAAGAAAGAACUAUUGGAAAUUGAGGAUAGAAUUUUAUAUCGAUUGACCGUGUCCGAGGGCUCUGCUGUCGACGACAUGGAUCUUAUUCUCACCUUAGAGGCAUCCAAAAUUAAAAGCGAAGAAAUCAAGGUAAAAAUGAAAGAAGCCGAGAUCACUCAAGCAGACAUCGACAUGACCAGAUCGCUCUAUAUUCCGGUGGCGAUUCAGGGACGGAUUCUAUACUUUUGUCUGUCCGAUCUGCAAUAUAUCGACACUAUGUAUCAGUACUCGCUCGAAUGGUUCGUCGAGAUCUUCAACAAUAGCAUACUUGCAACGGAAAAGAGCGGAGAUAUCGAGGUACGAGUGACCAAUAUCAAUCACAAAUUCAUGUUCUCCUUGUUCUCGAACGUAUGCCGUAGUUUAUUUGAAAAACACAAGCUCCAUUUUGCGUUCCUCGUCUGUGCCAGAAUUCGUAUGAAUGAUGACUUAAUCGAUGCGAUCGAAUGGAGGCAUUUUUUGUCCGGACCUAUACCCAUGAUAGAGGCUCCAAAUCCGGCGCCUGAAUGGAUUACUCCACGUUGCUGGAAGGAGAUCCAAGCACUCAAUGAAUUAGAAAAUUUCCAGAAUUUCGUGGAAUUCUUCACAAGGAAUGUAUCUCAAUUCAAAAAUAUAUUCGAUGAACAAGAAGCGCAUAUGAUUUCUUAUCCAGAACCAUGGCAAUCGAAACUUGAUGAUUUUCAAAAAAUGUUAAUAUUGAAAUGUCUUCGACCCGAUAAAGUGACAAAUGCGAUGCAAUUGUACAUAGCCAAGUAUUUAGGCCAAGAAUUUAUUGAGCCCCAAACUGCAGAAUUGUCAGCAAUUUAUGCCGAAUCUUCUCCAACUACGCCUAUAAUUUUCAUCUUGUCCCCUGGUACAGAUCCUGCAGCAGAAUUAUACAAAUUUGCGGAUAAAUUAAAAAUGACCAUGAAAUUGCAUGCCAUCUCGCUUGGGCAAGGACAAGGACCCAGAGCAGAAGCUAUGUUAAAGUUAUCCGCAGAAACCGGUUAUUGGUGUUUCUUCCAGAAUUGCCAUUUGGCUCCAAGUUGGAUGCCAGAAUUAGAUAUGUUGGUUGAAUUAUUAACACGACAAACUAAUCAUCGUGAUUUCCGUUUAUGGCUAACAUCCGCGCCAUCCCCUGAUUUUCCUGUCAGUAUUCUUCAAAACAGUAGCAAAAUGACGAUCGAACCUCCUAGGGGAAUAAAAGCAAAUAUGUUUCGUGCGUAUUUAGCACAAGUGGCAGAAAUGCGAAUCUUCCUAGCAUCCGAACAUCCUAAAGUUCAGCAAUUUAAAUGGUUGGUGUUUUCUUUAUGCUUGUUUCAUUCUGUGUUACUGGAACGAAGAAAAUUUGGCUCGUUGGGAUUUAAUAUAGCGUACGAAUUCACUGAUGGUGAUUUAAGAAUAUGUAUAUCACAAUUGCACAUGUUUCUUUUAGAAUAUGACGUUGUUCCGUUCAGGGUACUCAUAUACACAGCUGGCCACAUCAAUUAUGGUGGUCGAAUAACAGACGAUUGGGAUCGUCGAUGUGUGCUAACCAUAUUGCAAGAUUUCUACAAAAUAGAAAUUUUGUCACCGACAUAUAAAUUUGAUGUAGAAGGAUAUUAUCAAUUAACCGAUGCAACGUUCGAAGAUUAUAUCGAAUAUAUAAAAACUUUUCCUCUAAACGAUGAUCCUGCGUUAUUCGGAAUGCAUCCGAAUGCGGAUAUUAGCUUCGCUCAAGCUGAAACAUAUGCGUGUCUGGACACGUUACUUGCUCUUCAGCCACAAGAAGUUGGAAUCGCAGCUGCAAGUAUCGAAGAAGUCACGUUUCAAUUAGCCUCUGAUAUGUUGGCGACAAUGCCUCCUCUCUUUGAUUUAUCUGCUAUAUAUCAAAAAUAUCCGGUUUUGUACGAAGAAUCAUUUAAUACCGUACUCAUUCAAGAAGCUAUACGCUAUAAUGGUUUACUGGAUGUGGUAAAAUCGACGCUAGAAGAUCUAUUGAAAGCCUUAAAAGGAUUCGUCGUUAUGUCAGAAUACUUAGAAACUGUGUCAAAAAGUUUGUACAACUAUAAGAUUCCAACAGUUUGGGAAGAUAAGGGAUAUCCCUCUUUAAAACCUCUUGGUGCUUGGUUUCUGGAUUUGAAAGAUCGAAUUGAAUUUUUAAAAUCUUGGGAAAAUUAUGGAAUACCCGCAGCUUUUUGGAUUUCUGGUUUCUAUUUUCCGCAAGCAUUUUUAACAGGCACUUUACAAAACUUUGCACGAAAAUACGUUGUUUCCAUCGAUGCAAUUGAUUUUAGUUUUCAAGUACAAACUGAAAUGCCAAAACAAAGACCGCCAGAUGGUUGUAUUAUUUAUGGUCUCUUUCUUGAAGGAUGCCGAUGGGAUGGAAAUUAUUUGAACGAAUCUUUUCCUAAGGAAUUAUAUACUAACAUGCCUCCAAUUCUAUUAUUGCCGGAAGUACAUCAUAAAGAACCCGAAGGAAUCUAUGUUUGUCCCGUAUAUAAAACUAUCAACCGAGCAGGAGUGUUAAGCACAACUGGACAUUCGACAAAUUUUGUAUUACCGAUGGAGAUUCCUAGUAAACAACCACAAGCUCAUUGGAUCAAAAGAGGUGUAGCUCUAAUUUGCGCAUUGGAUUAUUAA